AUGAUCCAAUGGACGAAGCAGUUGAAUGCUGCAUUUGGGGCCUCAUUUCUUUGGCUGAUUUGCUUGAUUUACUUCACCCAGGGUUUUAGGUCUUUUGUAUGGACAUCUAUUUCCUACCAGCUUAAAGAUAAUCUAAAGUUGUCACCUUCAGCUUCCCAAUUUGUGUUUUCAGUCGCAUUUUUUCCAUGGAGCAUUAAACCAUUAUAUGGAAUACUUUCUGAUUGCAUUCCAAUUAAAGGAAGAAAACGGGUUCCCUACUUAGUGAUUGCCACUGUGCUUUCCCUGGUGCCAUGGUUGAUUUUAGGCUUAAAUUCAACCUUGAGGAAUUCAACAUGGCACUUGAUGGUAUUGUUGACAGCACAAAACUUGGGCUCAGCCAUGGCAGAUGUUGUUGUUGACGCAAUGAUAGCUGAGGCAGUAAGAUUUGACCGGGCCUCGUUUGCGGGAGAUCUUCAGUCAAUAUCUUGGUCUUCUAUGGCUUUGGGAGGAAUAUGUGGGAGUUUGUUAGGAGGAUAUGCAUUAUCCAAUUUACAGAUAAAGGCUAUUUUUCUUCUAUUUUGUGUAUUACCAUGUCUACAGUUAUUAUCAUGCUGUUUUGUGGAGGAGAACUCAAUAAAUAGCAUAGUUUCACCAGAGGAUUCAAUUGUAAGGGAUUCACAUAUGAAUGGUAGUUCUGUAGAUGAAGAUAGUCCUUUAAAUAAAAAGUCUCAUAAUAGCACAAGAAGAAGGAAGAAGAGCAAAAAGAACGCAAAAAGGAGAUCAGCGAAUAGCAGCAAAUCAAAGCAUUCUAAGAAAGGGGACUCCUUGUCAUUAAAGUGGUUCCAUUCUUUAAAAGAAGCUAUUUAUGAUUUGUGUCGUGCAUUUAGACAGCCAAUGAUUUGGAGACCUAUGUCUUGGUUUUUCCUUGCUCACAUUACCAUUCCUAAUCUUUCAACCGUCAUCUUCUACUAUGAAACCGAGGUUUUAAAGUUGGAAGCUUCUUUCCUUGGGACUGCACGGGUUGUUGGUUGGUUGGGACUUAUGCUGGGAACCUUCAUCUAUAAUCGUCACCUAAAGUAUAUGACCGUACGAAAAAUCUUCAUGUGUGCCCAGAUUGGAUUGGCUUUCUUGAGUCUUCUGCAGGUUGUCGUAGUUUCUAGGAAAAAUAUUGCCUUCGGCAUCUCAGACAAGAUUAUGGUGCUUUUUGGCUCAGCUCUUGCUGAUGGAAUCAAUCAGUUCAAGUUUAUGCCUUUCCUGAUCUUAUCUGGACAACUAUGUCCUCCAGGAAUUGAAGGAACUUUAUUUGCACUUUUCAUGUCAAUAAAUAACUUUGGAAGCACACUUGGGUCUUUUGUGGGUGCUGGUUUGGCUUCUGUGUUGAACAUUGAUUCAGGAUCAUUUGACAAUCUUCUCUUGGGCAUCAUACUUCAUGCCUUGUGCAAUUUCAUCCCAGUUGCUUUUCUGUUUCUGAUACCAAAGGAAGCUACUGGUUCAUCAACAUAG